AUGUCCGAUGAGACAGGCUACAUGUACCCGGCCCGUAAGGCCCACGCGAUCGACCUCGGCUCGUCCCUCAACCCCGAGGGGGAUCAGAGGCACACGUGGGAGAGCGUUGCCUCAGUCGCGGACGUAAUGUCGCCUACCGUGAAGGAGAUCAAGCACAGCGUUCCGCAGGUGACGCACUUCGGCACCGGUCUUAGCAUGCAGGGCUCCUUCGGCGACCGUAACCUGCAAGACGCCGAUAGCGAUGGUGACAAGGCUGAGGGCGUGAAUGAGUUUGACCUGGCCGCCUACUCGAAGGAGGACCUCACACAGACACUGCAUAAGCGCAUCAUGAGCCGAAUGUUCUCUGCCUUCGACGUCACGCAGGUGGGCUACCUGGACAUCAGCAAGCUCAAGGAACUUUGCAUCUACGUUGGUCGGAACAUGUCGCAAGAGGCAGCGGAAAAGAUGUUCGAUGAGCUCAAGGGCAUCGACGGGCACAUUACGUUCGAUGUUUUUUGGAAUUGGUGGACGACCUACCCGGACACAAAAAUGACCAAAGACACCUUCUCUCUCGUGUCCGCCGACUUCUCUGUGCCGUAUCAUCAGCAGCAGCUCAAGAUCAAGGAAGAGGGCGAGAUCUUCACCCCAAGCUACCGCGUGAAGUAUUACUUUAAGGAUAUGGAAACCGGUCUUCGCCGUCGGGUGAGUCCGUGGCACGAUAUUCCGCUCUACGUGCGCGACCCGGUGCGGACAAAGCCCGAGUACAUCCGCGCGAAUCGCUUUAACUUCAUCUGCGAGAUUCCAAAGUGGACACGCGCGAAGUUUGAGAUCGCCACAGGCGAGCCGUUCAACCCCAUAAAGCAGGACAUUAAAAAUGGCGUGCCGCGGUUCUACAAGCACGGGGACAUGAUGUGGAACUACGGCGCCUUCCCACAGACGUGGGAGAGCACAGAGGUCAUCUUCGAGGACGGCGUGAGUGGCGACAACGACCCGAUCGACGGUGUCGAGAUCGGCAUGCGCCAGAUGCGCGUCGGUGAAAUUCAUCCUGUCCGGAUCCUCGGCAUCCUCGGCAUGAUUGACGACGGGCAGAUGGACUGGAAGGUGAUCUGCAUGUCUGUCAAUGACCCAGUCGCGCGCUUCAUCAGAGACAUCGACGACAUCCCGAAGUUCUUGCCCGGCUGCCUCGAUGCACUGCGCGAGUGGUUCCGGGUAUACAAAAUUUGCCAGGGCGGCGUUGAGAACAAGUUCGCCUUCAGCGGUGAGUACAAGGAUAAGACCUACGCUAUGAAGGUUGUGGAUGAGUCGCACUACAUGUGGGAAAACCUGCGCAAGAUUAAGAGGAAGGAAGAGGUGUGA